CACUUCGUGCGGGACUUCGGCAGUCGAACACAACGGUUUUCAAUUUCAAUUCAAUCGCAUCGCGAACGUUGAGCCGAGUAGACGUGUUCGUUUCGUUGGAGAAGUAGCGGUAUCAAUCGUAGACAAAAAAUUUUCAGAAUCCAAUUGGAAAGUGUCAAGUGCGAAGCAGUUUUAUUACAGUUCAGUGCGGAAAACUGCGCGUAUGCUGUCCCAUAUAGGAAGCCUAGCGCCCCUCAUUCUAGUGCGAGUGUCGGAGUGUGUUAGUGAGCGGUCUGACGGUGUGUAGAGUGCAAGAAGUGUUGUUAUAGAAGGAGUGACACCGAAGAAGCACACCAAAAAGUGAGAUCGGAGAAAAAUAAGCAAACAGCAAACCGCUUUCGUCCAGUCGUUGUCUUCGUCGUCGUCGUCGUCGUCGUCAUUGACGAAAAGGUGUGUGUAGUGGAAGCAGAUAGUAAGCAGCAGCACACACGGCGAUACCAAUCUUCGGCUGGGAGUAGCAGAGAGAAUCAACAACAGCCAGCAAACAGCAGGGCCAGCCGGAAUAGCUAAUAAGUUCCGAGCCGGUUCAGUAGCAACAGCAGCACCCUUUUGGGUGUGCGACCGGUCUAACUACCCCCUACCACCGCGCUGGUGGACGCACCGUGCGGUCAUCAGGACAAGCAAAACAAAAAUUGAACCCGAGCCAACGACAAUCAUCCUCUUCCGCUUGGCGGCACACGUUCGGCGGAUUCGUUCGGAACGUCGACCACCACCACCAACAGUAGCAGCGCCAUGCCUGCCGAGUCCAAAGCGGCGGAAGCGGCGCCAGCCACCACCAAUCCGAGCACACCGAAAAAGAAACCAGCCUCGUCGUCCGGCAAGGCGGCGCUCGCCAAAGUCACAGUCCUCGAUGGAUCGAUACUGGAAGUUACGAUCGACCGCAAAGCACGCGGUCGGGACCUGCUGAACUCGGUCUGCGCCGGACUGAACAUCAUCGAGAAGGACUACUUUGGACUCACGUACGUCACGGCGGCAGAUCCACGGGUAUGGCUGGACCUGGAACGGCCGGUGGCCAAAUUCUUCCGGUCCGAUCCGUGGGAAAUGAACUUCGAGGUCAAAUUCUACCCGCCGGAGCCGGCGCAGCUGCAGGAGGACAUCACCCGCUACCAUCUGUGCCUGCAGGUCCGGAACGACAUCCUCGAGGGUCGCCUGCCGUGCUCGUUUGUGACACAUGCCCUGCUGGGGUCGUACCUGGUGCAAUCGGAGCUGGGCGAUUACGAUCCGGACGAGAUGAAGGACCGCGCGUACCUGAAGGAGUUCAAGAUCGCGCCGAACCAGACGCCGGAACUGCUGGACAAAGUGAUGGAUCUGCACAAGACGCACAAGAGUCAAACCCCGGCGGAAGCCGAGCUUCACUACCUAGAGAAUGCGAAAAAGCUAGCCAUGUACGGGGUUGAUCUACAUCCUGCCAAAGACUCCGAAGGAGUCGAUAUCAUGCUGGGAGUUUGCGCGUCCGGGUUGCUAGUCUAUCGAGAUAAACUCCGGAUCAAUCGCUUCGCAUGGCCCAAAAUUCUGAAAAUCUCCUACAAACGCAACAACUUCUACAUCAAAAUCCGGCCGGGAGAGUUCGAGCAGUACGAAUCGACGAUCGGAUUCAAGCUGGAAAACCACCGGGCAGCGAAGAAGCUGUGGAAGGCCUGCGUCGAGCAUCAUACCUUCUUCCGGCUGAUGACACCGGAACCGACGUCCAAAUCGGGUCUGUUCCCCCGGUUGGGGUCCAAAUUCCGCUACUCGGGCCGGACGCAUUACGAGACGCGCAAGACGCCGGUCGACCGACCGGCACCGGACUUCAAGCGAAGCCUCACCGGCAAGCGGCUGUCCAGUCGAAGCAUGGAUGCCCUCGGUCAGCAGGAGAAGGAACGGGCAGCUCUCAAGGACCCGAACAAGGAUGCCAACAAGCGACAUACCAUGUCACAUCCACCGGAUCACAUUCCGGAUUUGGAAUCACCUACCCGCGGCUCCCGCAGUCCCAUCAAAAAGGAAAAGAAGGAACGCCUGAAGCGCGAGUCUAGUACCGGAACGGCUUCAGCGUCGUCCCAGAGCUCACUCGAGGGUGACUACGAUAUCGCUGCGUCGUCGUCCAACGUUGUUCCGAGCCAGAAACCAAUCGGUGGCAUCGCCGUUCUGCCGGGCGCCGGCAAGAAAGACAAGGAACCAACCAAGGAACCCGUCUCGCCUCUCAAGGAAGAAGGGGUCAAUGGAAACAACGGCAAUCAGGAAGCGCUGAAUUCGUCCGCUGAGGAGAAGACCUCCCCCGGUGGAAAGCGAAAGGGUUUCCUGUUCUCUUCGGGUCGUAAAUCUCCGAAGGAUAAGAAAACUCCCGCUGCUGCGGCAACUCCGGUGGCCGCCACUAAUGGGGACGGUGGUAAAAAGGAGCAAGUGGCUGCGCAAGCACAAUCAGCUCAGCAGGCCCAGAAAGAGGCUGGUAAGCCAGGAUUUACCAAGCCGUACGAGUACUCGGAGAACGAGCAGGAUACCAGUCCAAACAAGAAGAACGUCAAAACACGUGGCUUCCGGUACGACGAGGAUCCCUCGGUGCAUGCCAGAGACAAGGAGGAAGCUCAGCUCAGUCCGAAUUCGCAGAGUCGACGCGCAACCGGUUUGGCGUUCAACUACGCUCCAGGUGAGGACGAGAAGGUACGGGAAUCGGUAGAAAAGCGAAAGGUUCCAGGUUCGCCGGAUUCCGCUGGCGCCAAGGACAAACUGUCACCCAAGACCGGUGGCAGAGGAUUGGCGGGAGAAACCGAUGCCGAGAAGGGAGUUCGAACCAGUGCGCGAUCGUAUUCUCCGAACAAGGGCAAGGUAGUUGACCCUCUGGCCAGUGGAGCUGGAUCGUUCCGACCAUUGGAUGAUGGUCAGGCAGCAGAUCCCAACGCGGCCUUCAUCAAGGGUGAACAAGUUGCUGGAAUCGUUCCAGUGAUUGCUGGACCACCGGAACCGGUCAAGAAGAAGGUGAAGAUCAUGGUGAUCAUUUCGAAAUUCGAUCCCAAAACCAAGAAGAUCGAUACUGCUGCCGGAGUGGUUGAGCACUCGACAGGAGUUCUGGAUACGAAGUCAGGUCUGAUAGAAAGCAAAUACGGAGUAAUUGAUCCUAAAGCAGGUACGGUCGUCAACUUCAACCCAAGAACUGGACAGAACGAGACGUUCCAGGGGCAGACCGAUGCGAAGACCGGACAAAUCCAUGUUGUUAGCGGUGUCGUUGAUCCAAACACCGGCAAGGUUGAUGAUAGUCUUGGUCAGGCUAUCAUUGUCGCUCCCGAUGAUGAUUCCAUCGUGGAAAUCACUACAAUCACGGGUAAGGUUGAUCCAAACACCGGUAAGGUCGAUACUACCAAUGGCGACGUGGAAAAGACCCGUGGUAUUUUGAACAGCAAAACAGGGGUCGUUGCCACCAAAUACGGCGAAAUAAAUCCCCGAACAGGAGAAUUGCGAACAGUUGACCCAAAAACCGGAAAGGCCAGCAGUCGAUCGGUGGCGGUCGACAAAGAUAAUGGACAGAUCACGAUCGUAGGUGUUACCGACCCCAAGACCCAUAAGAUCGAUAACAGCCAAGCCCACUUGAUCGCGAUUGGUAAUCAGGUCGAUCCAGUCGUUGAAGUCACGUCAGUCCUGGGCAAGCUGGACAAGAAGGGCAUUGUUGACCCUAAGACGGUAACAUUCGAUAAGAGCACCGGUCAAUUGGACACUAAGGACGGCAAGAUCAACACCAAGUACGGUCAGUUUGAUUUGGUCAAACAUACUGUUACUUUUGUAGACCCUAAAACAGGCAAAACUGAGACCAAGGAGGUCAAAAUCGAUCCUGUGACGGGCCAGGUCCUGCUGAAGAACCAAGUCAACCCUAAGACCGGAAAACACGACAAGGACUUUGGAAGAAUCGUUUCCAUUCGGAUUGUUCAGAACCGUAUUGACCCUGCAACUGGAAAGCAUGUCACUACCGUCGAAGAUAAGGAUAUCCGCGUGGAUCCUAAGACGAACCAAGUAUGGGUUCCGGAAGGUAAGGACCCAAGAACCGGCGAAACCAUCUACACUUCCAGUCAAGUAGAUCCAAAGACAGGCUACGUCAUCACCAUCUACGGUUAUCUGAACCCGAAGACCAACGAGAUCGAGAAACAGACGAAGCUCGAUCCCAACCUAACCAAGGUUGAUCCCACAACUGGACAGAUCUACGCUGCAACUGGUCAAGUAGAUGAAGCCACCGGUGAACCACUGUUCGCCGCUACGCAAAUCAACGAAGAAAACGGAGAAAUCUACACCAAGGUCGGUAAAGUAGACCCGAAAACCGGCAAACUGGUCAUCAUCAAGAUCCUCAUCUUGACAAAGAAGGACGAACGGGGCAAACCGGAAGAGGUGGACAUCAACGGAGUGGACCUGGACCCGGUGACCGGAAGGAUCAACAACAUUGCCACCAAGACUGUGUACGUGUAUAAGAUGCGCGAUCCAAUCACCGGCGAAACCUACCAGGUGGAUCCCAACGACCCUAGCAUUGCCGGAGCCCGGACAACCGUUACCCAGACCAUGACCCUGAGCGGAGAAAUCGACCCCGUCACCGGACGCAUCAAGUCCGAAUGGGGCCACAUCGAUCCGAACACCGGCGACAUCGAUCCGGCAACAGCCAUCCGCGAUCCGGUCACCGGCAAGCUGAUCCUCAACUACGCCGACAUCGAACCGAGCCACUUCGGCAAGAACGUAACGGUCACCAAGGAAACGGUGCCCAUCACGCGGGAACAGUUCUACGAAGGUAUCAAACAUCUGGGCAAGAAGGCGAUCCGACGGGACUCGGAGAGCUCCGACGACGACAUGGCACAGUACGAAAGCGAACAGCUGAAGGAGAUCAGCUCGGGGACACCGAAGGCCGCCGGAGGAAAGUACGGUACGCCCACGGUGGUGAAGACGACAACGAAACAGGUCAUUACGAAGAACGAAGACGGCGUAACGCAUAACGUGGAGGAAGAGGUGCAGAAUCUGGGAACCGGGCAGAUCGUGUACUCGACACAGGAGCAUAAGGCCGACGCCCCCAGCGACAUCCAGGGCAAAUUCCUAACGGCAACGGCCGUCACGACGCGUACUGCCACCACCCACGAAAAUCUCGAAAGCAACGUCAAAACCCAACAACUGGAGGAGAAGACCGUGGCGACCACCACCACGCAACGGGGCGAACAGCAGGAACAGCGAGUCGUAACGCAGGAAGUUAAAACCACGGCCACGGUAACCAGCGGAGAUCAGUUUGCCCGCCGCGAUAGCAUUUCGUCGACGAGUUCCGGCGAUUCCGGAACCCCCAUCGACGGUCCGUACGGCGCGGAGGACGACGACUCAACGGUGAUCUACAACAAGAGCUACACGGGUGUUGACGACGUUGCGGGAGCUUCGAAGAUUCCCUCUGGCCCCAAUGUGGAGCACCACCGGGUGCUGCUGGACGAUUCGCAGGAAGGUGUCACGGCCGAGGGCGAGAUUGUAUCCUCCCAGACGGUUAGCAGCAAAACGCGAACGGUGGAAACGAUUACCUACAAAACGGAACGAGAUGGAGUGGUCGAAACGCGUGUGGAACAAAAGAUUACCAUCCAAUCGGAUGGUGAUCCAAUCGACCACGACAAGGCACUGGCAGAAGCCAUUCAG